AUGAGGGGUGCUGUCGAGCUGUUUAUAGUCAGCGAAUUGAUAGCCCUGGCCUACGCACAGCUGCCCACCCAGACGCCUGUCGUGACAUGCGCAGAUCGGAAGGAUGGGCGGAACCUCAGCUGCUACACGUGCAUGGGCCGUGAUCUCCAGAAUUGUGCCUCGGGGCUCGCCUGCUGCUCCGGCAGCUGCUUCAAGCUCAUCGAUAAAAAACACGAGGUGGUUUUGAAGGGGUGCACUUUGGCAAAUGAAGAGGAUGCUUCGAUGAAGGUUCGAACCCUUCCUGUUCCGCUCUACUGGACAAAGGGAGAAAAAGUAGAAGGCGAAUCCUAUUUCUGCAAAUCCGGUGACUUCUGCAACGAGGCGCCCGUCUCGAAAUGGUUCCUCUCUACAGCGGCACUAGUUCUUACUAAAUUCCUCUUC